AUGCUAAUUGAAGAGAGCUACAGAGACGUUAAGACCAGCUACAACACUAGCCUAAGACUGUACACGUUCACUCCCAAGAUCGCCGGCCAUCCACAUGCCAAGUUUCCGGGUGUUCUGGUAUUCAGCGAAAUCUACCAAGUGACCGGGCCAGUAAGAAGGUUUGCGCAACGCAUUGCGGCCCAAGGAUACGUGGUGGUGGCCCCUGCAAUAUACCACAACUUCGUUGGGCCCGAGGCGCUAGCGUACGACGCAGAGGGCACUGACAUGGGCAACGAGUUCAAGAUCAAGAAGCCCUUAGAAUCCUACGACGAAGACUCUAAGCUGUGCUGCGACUACCUCUACGAACUACCACAGUUCAACGGGAAACGUAUUGGUGCUACCGGGAUGUGCUUGGGCGGCCACCUCGCGUUCCGUAGUUUGUUGGACAAGCGUGUCACAUGCGCGACUUGCUUCUUCCCUACCGAUAUCCACUCCAAGACGUUGGGUCUGGGCCAAAACGACGACAGUUUGGAGCGAGUCGCAAACGAGGCGACCAAGGACCAGGAGCUUGUCCUGAUUUUUGGCACUCUAGACACCCAUGUUAGCCCUGAAGGCCGGGACCUGAUCCGCAAGCAGCUACGCGACCAUGGCGUCAACGUCACCUUCAUGGAGAUCCAUGCGGCCCAGCACGCGUUCAUCAGAGACGAGUCCAGCAAGGGCCGCUACGACGCCGCGAUCACAGAGAGCUGCUUGGGAUUCAUGUUUGAGCAGUUCAACAGAAGACUCGCGCUGGACCUCGGCGACUUCGUGGAGGACAACAAAAAGGUCGAGCAUGUAUGCUAA